GUUCCUGUUCAUCUCUCACUCCACCCAUCACCACGUUCCACACUCGCCCAGCAUGGCCAAGCGCAGGAAGAAGACGCGCACGCACCUCAAGGGCCCGAACAACUCGGCCAACACCGCCACGAAUGCGCCCAAGAGCUUCGUCGUGCGCGCCGGCAAGGUCGGCCGCAGCGCCGCCGCCCUCGUCGCCGACGUGCGCAAGACGAUGGAGCCCAACACGGCGUCGCGUCUGCGGGAACGGCUGAGCAACCGGCUGCGCGACUUCGUCGCCAUGGCCGGCCCGCUCGGCGUCACGCACCUGCUGCUCCUCAGCCAGCCGGACAAGGCAACGAGCCAGGCACACCUGAAUCUGCGCAUUGCGCGUGCGCCGCGCGGCCCGACGUGCACCUUCCGCGUCAACAAGUUUGCGCUGGCGCGCGACGUGGCGGCGGCGCAGAAGCGGCCGCGCGCGCCGGGUGGAGAGUUUGGCACACCGCCGCUGCUCGUGCUGAACAACUUUGGCAGCCAAGAGAAGCACGUGAAGCUGCUGGUCACCGUCUUCCAGGGCCUCUUUCCGCCGAUUCAGGUUCAGUCUAUGCCGCUCUCGCAAGCACGCCGCAUCGUGCUGCUCUCCUACGACAGCGCGACGGGCACCAUCGACUGGCGCCACUACCUCAUCACUGUGCGCCCCGUCGGCGUCACGCGGAGAGUGCGGCGAGUCAUCGAGGGCGCGCACAGCGGGGCACGCGGACGCGUGCCAAAUCUGGCAGACGCCGCCGACAUCUCGGCGUACGUGCUCGGUCGGACAAGCGGCGGCGACGGCUUCGAGACCGAUGCGUCCAGUGCGUCGGAGGCUGAGAGCGACGUGGAGGGCGUGCCGAGCAACCAGGUGGAGCUGCCGGCCAGCUACGUCGGCCGCGGCAACGUGGGCGGCGAGAAGCGCGCCGUGCGGCUGCGUGAGCUGGGCCCGCGCAUGGAGCUGCGCUGCAUCAAGAUUCAGGAGGGCAUUCCGGGCGCGGGCAAGAAGGGCGAGGCGCCGGGCGAGGUGCUCUGGCACGACUAUGUCAAGAAGACGCGCGCCGAGGUCAACGAGAUGUCGCGCGCCGCCGCAUCGCGCAACAAGGUCAAGGCCGAGCGGCGCAGCGAGCAGGAGGCCAACGUAGAGCGCAAGGCCGCCGAGGCUGCUGCCCGCAAGACAGGCGGCAAGCGUGGCAAGCGCGAUGAGCCGCAGCCUGGCGACGAGGCGGACAGCGAGGAGGGCGAUGAGGCGCUUGACGCGAUCGAGAGUGAUGAGGAGGAUGAGUUCGCGUACGAGGACCGCAUUGCCGGAGGAGGAGAGCCAGGCGACGGCGACCUGUUCGACGAUGAGGGAGCUGCGGAGGAUGAGGAUGAGGACCUCUCCAUCGGCGGCUCAGAGGACGAGGAUGAGGAUGAGGACGACUCGGACCUCUCGCCAAUCGAGGUCACGGGCCAGGACUACGACGAGUCCGACUCGGACGACGCACAAGAAGCGCCGCGCAAGAUGCCGCGCGACGGCAGUGCAGCGCGUGGGCGAGGCCGGGGCGGCUUCCGUGGCCGGGGCGGCAUCGCGAGGGCACACGUCGGGCGUGGAGAUCGGCCUGGCAGCGGCCGGGGCGGCGCAGGAGCGCGGGGCGGCAGGCGAUAGAUGUAAUGUAACGGUCCGUUCACU